GGACAUUCCGUGAAACCGCUCUUUCUCUCUCUUGUGGCGGAAAUGAAAAAGGGCUUCCUCGCCCAGAAGAAUGGAGCAGGCGCUCGCAAGACAUCGCUCGGACUCCUGUCUGGUCCGCUGCCCGACGCGCCGCCAACACAGCCCGACGGGAAGGUCAGCAGCGCAAUUCACAGCGCAGCGCAGCACAGGACAGCACAGCACAAUUACACGGCUUCAGGGAUGCACACACAUGAGUGCAUGCAGGUGGAGGAUGCAGUGGAAUGAAGCUGAUUGAUUGUCGGCUUGUUGUUCUUCAGCUGACGUGUGAUCACUUCGUGGUGGAGCGGCUGGUGGGCCAGGGGAACUUCUCGGAGGUCUUUCACGUCACGCAGAAGGGCACAGGCAAGGAAUACGCCAUGAAGAUCAUCAAUAAGGUACCAACAGGCGAGACGCAGGCUGACAUAGCGGCCUGCGAAUGGCUUCUGAUUGGUUGUUUGUUUGCGGGAGGCGCGUGUGGAGCGUCUGCACAAGACGCAGGACGUGUUGAUGGAGAAGCACUGCCUUCUGAAGCUCAACGAGCCGGGCCACCCCAAUGUGGUGCGGCUGCAUUACACCUUCAAGGACACGCAGAAUGUGUACAUGGUCACCGACUACUGCUCGUACAAAAGACAAAGGACACACACCGGACAGACAGCAGAAUGCAUGUGUGUGUGUGUGUGUGUGUGUGUGUGUGCAGUGGUGGUGAGCUGUGGGAGGUCAUCCGGAACAAGGGAUGUUUCUCGAAGGAGGUGGCGCUGCACUACCUGUCGCAGCUCAUAUGUGCUGUGGAGUACCUGCAUGGCAGGAACAUCGUGCACCGAGACCUCAAGGUCAGUCAGUAUCCUUUCAAUUGCUCUUAGGCUCGUUGAUGAAUGGAGCCUGUGCAUCAUUGUCUCUGUGCAGGCUGAGAAUCUGAUGCUGUGCAGUGGUGGUGUGUUGAAGGUCAUUGACCUCGGCACGGCCAAAGACCUCGACAGGCCUGACCUGGAGGGCAGCGGCAACAGAUGCGGACAGUAAGUGUGCCUGACUGAACUGACACAAAUGCAAUGCACAUAGUUUUCCAUAUCUGUGUGUGUAUUGACGGCUCGUAGGAAGGUGUUUCAGCACUAUGUAGGCACGCCCAACUUCAUGGCGCCAGAGACCAUCCACAACAAGGCCUCCACCAAGGAGAGCGAUCUAUGGUCUCUCGGAUGCACCAUCUACCAAAUACUCACCGGUAGGCACGGUGCAUCCCUUCCUGCUGGCACAUAUUCAUGCAAUUGUCGUUGUGUGUGUGGGUGUUGGUCAGGCUGUCCUGCGUUCACGGGUGCGAGCGAGUACCUCAUCUACUGCAAGGUGGGUGCGAGAGACAACAGCAGACACACACUCGUCGGUGCGCGCCGCUUGGCAUGCGUCCAUGCAUUGCGUCAGGUGCUGGCAAUGGAGUUGGAGUUUCCGCCCUCGUUCGAUCCCCAGGCUGAGGACCUCAUACGAAAGCUGCUCGUGCACGACCCGGCGAAACGGCUCGGAGCGCAAGGAGGUAAAGACUUGUCGACACGCAUGGAUGCAGCCAGGGGUGCAGACGGGUCCCUGUGUUGUCAUCGAUCAGGUUUCUCCGAGAUAAAGUCGCAUCCAUACUUCGCCGGCUGCAGCUUCGUCACCCCUCCACCCCGCCCUCCGCCCUUCCCGUCACUCACCCAUCUCUGCCUCAGCCGCAUCGCUGACCGAUAUUUGAGCUCACACACACAGCGCCCCCCGCCUCCAGAGGCGCCACCAGCAGCAGCAGCAUCAGCGCCAUCGAGGACGCUGAGCGAGUCGUGGGUCGACACUCACGUCAAGGCGGGGGGGCUGAGCGAUGAGAGCGCUGCGUUGUUGCGGCGGACGGUUUAUCUGGGUGAGCGGUAUGCACGUGACGCUGCGCCGCGUGACGCGCCUGAGGAGACGGGGAAUGAGGGCGUGAACAGCGAACCAGCGUCGGCUGAUGGGACUGAGGAUGAGGAUGGAGAUGAAGAGAAUGGGGAUUGACUGGAGGGGUGCAAUGAAGAGGGGCCGGAGAGUGAGAGGUGACUGCGUGAGGCGGGUAUUGCGUGUGUAUUGAUUAUAUUGAUUGUAUGCGUAUGUGUAGACAGACAAACGGACUCCCCGUUUGAUUGCUUUAAUUGU